AUGUCGUCGUCGGAAGAGGUUUCAUGGAUUUCGUGGUUUUGCGGCCUCAGAGGCAAUGAGUACUUCUGCGAAGUGGACGAAGACUACAUCCACGACAAGUUCAAUCUGACGGGACUGUCGGAGUCGGUGCCCCACUAUCGACAGGCGCUCGACAUGAUCCUCGACUUAGAGCCCGACGACGAGCUCGAGGAGAACCCCAAUCAGGUAUGGCUGAGAGACCAGCACGUGAUGGCGGAUGAGGUGGUGGUGAUGAUCGCCAGCGCACACAUGAGUGGGUUUGUGGUGAUAGUCGACGGAUUGGUGGAUGAGUUGGUGGCAGACGUAUGA